GCAUUUUAUUUUGCAUUUUCAUUAUUUUCUUCUUCCCUCAUUCAAUAAAUAAGCAUGUCAGGAAAACGAGAUUAUUAUUACAGUGACCAAAACAGUUCUAGCAGUAGUAGUAGUAGUAGUAGUACGGCAUUAACCAGACCUGUUCGACGACAUUUAGUCAAUGUAUACCUCACAUUAGCCGCCAUGUGUGCUAUUGCAACUAUUGGGUCUCAAGUUGGCAACUAUUUCGGUCCAAGCAGUUCGACCUUAGGUUCCCUGGGUGCAGUUGGGAGUGUUACCAUGUUUCGAUAUACUUCCAUUAACAGUCGUAGACGAUGGGCGUUACUUGCUGCUUAUUCUAUCUCUAGUGGGAUUGCUCUUUCUGCAUUUUUAUCCAUGUUUUUACACGUGGAUCCUACAGGAGAUCUUAUCUUUUUAGCAUUAUCAUCGGCAGUGCUGAUAUUUUUAGGCUUUUCUGGUAGUGCCUUGAUGGCAGAGAGAAGGAGUAUGCUAUACGUUGGCGCUUUUGCAAGUAGUAUAUUGAGUGUGCUACUAUGGUUAUCAUUGGCCAAUGCGUUUUUCCUUAGAUCAUCAUCUAUUUUCUCGGUGGAAUUAUAUGCUGGAUUGUUAGUUUUUUCAGGAUUUGUCAUGUAUGAUACGCAAAUGAUUGUGGAGCGAGCAAGUGCAGGUGUGUUGGAUAUUCCUGGUCAUGCUAUGGAGCUAUUCUUGGAUCUUUAUUCCUUGUUUCUUCGAUUAGCAAAUAUUUUAAUGAAGAAAGAGAUUGAUCGCGAGAACGAAAAGAAGAGAAAGAGAGUGAACCGACUCCAAAGAGAUUAUUGAAAAAAAUAAAGAGGAAGUUUAACAUAUCUGUUAUCAAUCAUUUAG